AAUUUGCUACUAAGACAGAUGGGUCAAAUAGUAAUGGCAAUAGUAUUCAUGAGCUUAAUGAGCAAAGAAAUGGGCUUGUUCGUUCUUGGAGACGUAGGGACUGCUUCUUCCUACCAUCCACCUUACACCCCAACCGGAUGCAAUGGGUAUAGGGCAGACCAGUUUCCUCCGGGAAAUCUGUUCAUGGCGAUGAGCGAAGGGUUGUGGGACAAUGGAGCAGCCUGCGGGCGGGAGUACCGGCUGUGGUGCCCGAGUGGCAGCAACAGGCCGUGCAAGGACGGCACGGUGGACGUCACCGUCGUGGAUUACUGCCCCAAGUCUCCAUGCCCCUUCACCAUUCUCUUAUCCACCAAUGCCUCUCCGCCAUCUCGGAAUCUCCCUCCGUAA